AUGGUCAGAGGAAAGAUACACAGAUAUCUUGGAAUGACUUUGGAUUUCUCGGUGAAAGGAAAACUCAAGAUCCGCAUGGACGACUAUGUCAAGAACAUGUUGGAAGACUUUCCUAUCAAGUUCAACAAGGAUUCAAAGCAGGAAACACCAGCUGGUAACGAUUUACUGGAAGCUGGGAAAGGAAAGUUACUCAAUGCUGAGUACCGUCAAAUCUUUCAUACUACUGUUGCAAGGGGACUUUAUGUCUCUAAGAGAGCUCGUUUGGAUAUCCAUCCAACGAUUACUAUUCUUGCCUUGAGAGUUCGAGAACCUACAGAGUCUGAUUAG